CGAUGAAGGUGCGGUUUGUGUUGUGCCUCCUCCUCCGCCUCCGCCUGCUUCUGGAGGAUCAGGGACCAGCUCAGGUGGUUCUUCAGGUGGUUCAGGUGUUUCCUACAGCAGCAUCACUCCAGUUGUUUUAAGCAAGGAGGAGAUUGCGAAGCUGAAGAAGCUGGCUCAGGAGAAAAAGGCGGCAGCCGUGGCUGCCAAGAAGCAGAAGAUGGAAGCAAAGCGGGCAGCGAAGGAAGCUGUGAUCGCUGAGAAGAAGAGGAAGCAGGAGGAGAAGGCUGCUGCAAUUGAGGCGAAGAAAAAGAAGGAAGCCGAGAAGAAGGCGGCUAUUGAGGCUAAGAAGAAGCAGCAGGCAGAGAAGGAGGCGGCGAUUGCUGAGAAGAAGAGGAAGCAGGAGGAGAAGGCUGCUGCGAUUGAAGCGAAGAAGAAGAAGCAGGCUGAGAAGGCGGCAGCGAUUGCAGCCAAGAACAAGGCCACCACCAAGUAA